AUAGUACCCGAAAGGUUGCUAGAAAAUGUAGAAUAAAAUUAACGUUAAUAGUGGUCCAUAUUUAUUGUACAUAAAUCUAAACUUGUUCAUAAGUACAUUUAGCAUUUUUAUUUCAACAAACAAUAUUGUAUUUGUUGAACAAGUAACACAGGCUAGAACCUCAUCCUAGGAUUUGUUUCAAGCCGAACAUUAAUGUUGUUGUACACGCGGUUCACUUGAAAGUAAAAUGGCGUCAAGAAGAGUGUCGUCGGUUCCUAAAAGUCAGAAACUUACCAUUGGAGAUUCAAAAAGUUCCAAAGCUGUGAUUGAAAACAGCAAGACCAACAACAGUGGAACUGGAAACCCCAGCAAAGCCAAAGGCAACAGCAGUGGGAAUGGAAAUAAAACAAAAUCUGGUGGUACAAUAGUGAAGUCUCGAUAUCUACAACCUGUUGAAAAGGCACCUCUAACCAAGAACAAUUCCCUCACCAAUGAGUCCACCCUUGUGCCACCAAGGCCUGCCUCACCUAAACCGGUUAGUGUUAAACCACGGGUGGGGUCUCCUGCAAGGCGUUCCAUGGCUCCUCAGUCACUUCGCAAUCCUACUCCAAUGAUGUCCAGUGUCCUUGAGCCUUCACAAUUAGGAAGAAGUAUUCUGCAAUCCACAAUCUUAGAUGGUCACUGUCUUCGCCCUGACUUUGAUGUCUCUGCCAUUAAAGACAAGACAGUGUUACAAAAUGCAGCAGUAGAACCUGAAAGAAACGAUGAACACGAAAAGAGACUCCUAGAGAUGCAGACCUUCUUGUUGGCUUACCUCACAGCCAAGAUGGAGAAUAAUAGCCAGAAAUUGAAGGCGGAGGCAGAGGGGCGUAUUCUAGCCGUGAUGGAGGAAGAGGAGCUGCUACGGAAAGAAGUCCAUGAGAAGAAGCGCCAGUACCUCCUCCUGGAGAAGAACAAGCAGCUGGACGACCUGCUCGAUUUACAGAUCACAGCACUAACUCCUGUGGCUGAUGCCGCCAAGCAGUUCACACAGGAAUACAAGUCUUUUGCCACCGCAGUUGACACCACACGACAUGAGCUGCCAGUGAAGAACUUCUACAUUGACGGGGAUAGAAUGACAUUUCUGGAUAAAGCCACUGCUAGCCUGAAGGAGAGUGAGGAAGUGUUGCUGCAGUGCACACAGGGAGCUCACCAUGGCAAUGAGAAAUCUGCUGAGUGCCUGAGGGGGGUGAAAACUGCUGCACAAGACAUCAGCAAGCAGCUCUCAGGGGGUUUUUCAGAGUUAUUGGAGCUGUCAUCAUUGGUCAGUCGUCAGGCGGUUCAGAUUCAACAGGCCUUGGAAGAGGAGCAGCUUGGAUUGACAAGAGUUCAGGAACUCUAUUGCCCCAAACAGGGAAGCAGCAUCGAGAACAUUGUGUAGAAUGUACAGCCUAAAGUUCAGGAAUAAGGCCCAGGGGGUGCGGUAUAUGACCAAUAUUCCAUCACUAAGGGCUGUUCUAAUGCAAUGCAGAGUGCCUGGAUACAGCUUUUAGCCGUUGUAUAUUAUCCAUAUACUACAAACCCCCAAAGUGCCUUAUUGCUAUUAUAAACUGGUUACCAACGUAAUUAGAGCAGUAAAAAUAAAUGUUUUGUCAUACCCUUGGUAUACGGUCUGAUAUACCACGGCUGUCAGCCAGUCAGCAUUCAGGGCUCGAACCACCCAGUUUAUAAUUUUUGUUAACAUACAGUAGUUAAAUUACUUGAAUUACUGACCAUGGGAAUUAUUUUGUGAAACUUUUUAUUAAAUUGUAUACAUCAAUAUUCAA